AUGCGGUUCACAAACCCAUUCUCGCAUCCUCCACGGGACACUUAUGAGCGACAUUCUCUCAUCACCGCAGAGCAAGAUGGACGAGCCUCGCCUUCAACAGAAUCGCUGGACGAGAUCAUCGACAUCGAGAAGCAUGAGUACCCCUUCUUGGUCUCAGUGAGAUCCGCAAGGAACUCAGUGUCCUCGUUUCUCAACGAACACCUUCACCUCGGGGGCGACCUAACAUGGACGGAUCGCCUCCUCACACUCCUCACCAAACUGAAGCCAUUCAUCUUUCUCUUCCUCCCCACCUUUUUCGUCAGCCCCUUCAACUACUUCACAACAUCCUCAACCCAGCGCCCGAAGUCAAAGAAAUUAGGCCCAACAGCGUACCUAGACGGUCUGCGCGGCGUCGCAGCCUUCGUCGUCUACAUCUUCCACUUCUCCUACCUCUGGUACCCCGACCUCCGCUGGGGCUAUGGCCUCGGCCACGAGAUGUUCUGGCAGAUGCCCAUCAUCCGGGCCCUACACUCCGGCCGCGCCAGCGUUACCGUCUUCUUCGUUAUCUCGGGAUUCGUCCUUACACUCAAGACGCUCACAAUGAUCCACAAGGGUAAAAUGUAUCAGGCGUUUAGCGCAUUGGCCGGCUCAGCAUUCCGCCGCCCGUUUCGACUGUACCUCCCUAUCUUCGCGUCGACGUUUAUUAUUGCGCUCUUGUUACAUCACUGGUUCUGGAGUACGGUGGACUUGAUGAACCCUUUCCGAGUUAUCGUGAAUCGGGAGAAUAUGAAGGGAAGCGAGUACGAUGGGCAUCUCUGGACGAUCCCCGUCGAAUUCAAGGGCUCGUUGCUCGUCUUCUUCCUCUUACUUAUUUUCGCUCGAGCAAAGAGAUGGAUCCACAUGGUUGGCGUCACAGGCGUCACAAUCUGGUUAGUCCGUAUCGGCGAUUGGGACCAAGCUCUCUUCUGUGGCGGACUCCUUCUCGCAGAGCUCUCCAUUAUCCUCCCCAGCACCACCCCGACGACAGCAGAGAUACCCGAAGAUGAGCUCCCUAGUCACAAACUGCGCGUCGUCAAAAGAGUCGGCUCGAAAUCUCUCCACAUUAUCCGCCACGUCGGCACAAUAGCCCUAUUCUUCCUCGGUCUGCAUCUCUUCUCCUAUCCCGAGUACUACGGUGCCUCGACCCCUGGCUUCAUCACGAUCUCGCAAUGGGUACCGGACUACUACAAGGCCAUGGGCGACCGCACCCAACUGUUCUGGAACUCCAUUGGUGCCAUAAUCUUCAUCUUCGCCAUGAUGUAUUCUCCGCCCGUACAUGUAUCCUUCAACCUGAAGGCCAUGAUUCUCAGGGGUCGCAAUAUCCGGCUGCCCUGGCAUCAGACAAGUUCAGACCUCAACGACACCGAAAAAGAAGAGAUUGCGGCGGCUGUGUCCUCCUCUUCCACAGAGGCCGAAGCAGACAUGGAAAGAGCCGAACCUCUCCUUCAACGCCCCUUCACCACCAGUUUCGCCCAGUACCUCGGACAGAUUUCCUACUCGUUGUAUCUAUGGCACGGCGCCAUUAAUCACAUGGUCGGAGUCAGGUGGCUAUCACCAGCGCACACAGCGUUGCAGCUCGCUGGUGCCCAGGCCAAGGUGCUCACGGAAGGUGGUAACGCCGCUGCUGGUGCUGAGAUGGUGAACAAGGCAUGGAGUGCGUACGCGCUUGCGUUCUUCUGGGGGUCCUUGGUGAAUACACUGGCGUUGUUUUGGGCGAGCGAUGUGUUUAAUCGGAUAGUCGAUGUGAAUGCUGUGAGGUUGACUCGCUGGCUUGGCGAGAAGGCUUGGAGGAAGGAUUGA